AUACAUAAUAUUUAUAUUGAGGUAUUCGCAUUCAAUAAGAAUUCACCAUGUGGCUGACAAUAAGUUUAACGUUGUUUCUGUUUGCUUCAAUAUUUGAAGUUAAAUGUGGCAAUGACGAUCUUAUUGUUCAGUUAGAAAAAGGGAAAAUACGUGGUCAUAUUUUAAAAAGUGAGAAAGGAAAUGAUUACUACGCUUUUCAAGAAAUUCCCUACGCUAUGCCACCAGUUGGUGAGUACAGAUUUGAGGUACCAAGAGAAUCUGAGCCGUGGGAAGGAAUAAUAGAUACAACUAAAAAUACAAAAAUGUGUUAUCAACAUGAUCACAAAUAUCCUACUUUGAUAUCGAACGAAGAUUGCUUGUAUCUCAACGUAUAUACACCAGUAAAACCUGGUAGUGGUGACCUUCUUCCAGUUCUAUUUGUAAUUCAUGGUGGGGGUUUGGGUGCCUGGUCCGGUUCAAUUGAUUAUUUCGGACCAAAAUAUGUGAUGGAUUAUGGAAUUGUUGUUGUUACCAUCAACUACCGUCUCGGACCAUUCGGCUUUGUGGGAACUGAUGAUGGAGCGAUGCCAUUAAACCUUGGUUUUAAAGAUCAAAGAUUUGCGAUGGAAUGGGUCAACAAAAACAUCCAUUUAUUUGGUGGGAAUCCUAAUCAAGUUACAAUUGGAGGAGAAAGUGCUGGAGCUAUGUCUAUAGGUUACCACAUGCUUGGUGAUUGGCCAGAUAAUAAAGAACUGUUCCAUGCUGUUAUAAUGCAAAGUGGAAACGCUAUAUCUGGAGGACUUGUACAGGAUAACCCAACCGAAAUAGCACUUCAACUUGGUAAAGCUGUAGAUAGCAAAUUUGGAUCAAGUGAUACAACUGAGUUACGGAAUUUACUUAAAAAAGCAACAGCUGAUGAUAUUUUGAUGACUAAUAUAACUGGAGGAAUUGCAAUAGAAAAAGAUGGUCCUUUCUCCUAUAGAGCGUAUCCAUCUUUUUUGAAUGGAAAUUAUAAGAAAGUUCCAGUUUUGAUUGGUUUUAACUCGGAAGAAAUGUCAUUCUUGGCAUUAUCAAAUAAUGAUGCACAAAGGGAGGCAUAUGACAAAGAUCCUAGUCAACUGAUUAACGAUUUGUACAACAUGUCCCCUGAAAACAAAACAAUUGCUGGAACUUUACUUAAGCAAAUAUACACAUUCAACACCAGUUUUCUAGAAGAUAAGGGAGGUUAUACAAGGUACAACAGCGAUAAAUCGUACACUCUUGGAACUUGCAAACAAGUUGAACUGGGUUCCUCUGUUGCGCCUUACUAUUUUUAUCAAUUUUCGUAUAAAGGAUACUUAGGAGGAGACAUGUCCAACGUAGAUAAGUUACCUCCAGAUGUAGGAAAAGUUGGUCAUACCGAAGACUUGCGUUAUAUGUGGGACGAUGGUAGUAACAGUGAUCUUAGUAAAUUUCCCGAGGAAGAUCAAUUAAUGUUACACCGUUAUGUAACAAUGUGGACUAACUUUGUUAAGUAUUUCAACCCAACUCCUGAAAAAGACCCUUUGCUAGAUAAUAUGAUAUGGACUACUACCGAACCAAAUACCAUGAAAUAUCUCAACAUUAAUUCUACAUUCGAAAUGCGUACUCACCCAAGGCAGUACAGUGAGGUCAAACAAGUUAUUGAAACAUAUAUGCAGCCACCAUACACAGUAUUUUAGUGAAACAAAAUAUUAAUGUUUCAAAAUACGAUAACAUUUUGUAAUAACGCAAAUAAAAAUAUAGAAUCAAAAA